AUGGCGUCGGUCUUUCAACUUGCAAAUUCCAACUUCCGCGCUGUGUGCUCGCCUGGCCAUCGUGUGGCGGCUGCUCUUGAGCCAAAGUAUUGGAUACGAAUCAUCUUCAUCCUUAUUUCACCUUGCUUGCCUCUUGUGCCUCCCUCUCCUCUCCCGCUGCACCAACGCUACCGCGAGGACGCAGCUCCUCCUGGUGUUCCUGUCCCUGUUCCUGACUCGGUUUGCCCGGGGCGAGCCCAGGAAGACCCCUGCUUCGCCCGCAUCAAACUCUUCGCAGCGAGUGCUUCAGGCGUAGGUUUUGCACCCAGCGACGAGCCUGUCCUCCUGCUCACGAUAGACAUGGGCGCCGAUUGUUUUGGCGUAACUCUAGCCCGCGUGCCGGGAGUAGUGGUUGAUGAAGGAGCUGCACUGCGCGGUCCCUCCUUCUCUUCGCCUUUCCCGCCUUGCGCGGUCAAUACCGACCCAUGCCUUGCAGCAGGAACCUCGGGCGGGCAGGGUAUCAGAGGCCGCUGGGGCAAGCCCGCUUCAGGUGGCGGGCGCAAUGCACGUCGUGCAGGUUCUUUCAUCUGA